UCAAUUUUGACUAAUUUCGCAGCCGGAACGCACACGCAUACAUACACAUUUCCUCCAAAUUUUCAACUUUUAUCUUUGGUUUCGGCUCGAAGAAUCUCUCUACAGAUGCAAGGCUGUUUCCUCAUUUACAGAAAGCCAUGGCCCAUGAUGCGUCUUUUCUACAGAGGGUUCGAGUUAAAAUACCGACGGACGCUUUGCGAGUCGCUCGAAUGGCAAUCAUUCACCAUGGUUGCAGAAAAUGAGGUCUCACGGGACACCAAGAGCCACCAGUAUAUAAUCCAGGGAGGAUUCUGUGGAGCCCCAUCCAUCUUCCCCUCACCAAUACGCAUAUCGGUUCAGUUGGCAAGAAGAGAGGUGCUCCUCUUCUUGUUUUUCUUUUCAGAGAGAGAAGAAGAAAGGCGGUAAGGAUCAGGAGGAGGGGCAAUGGAGGCGGGAGCAGGAGGAAGAGCCAUGGUGGUGAUGACGAUGGUGCUGGUGGUGGCGACGAUGACGGGAUCCCACAGAAGAGGGGUCGGCGUGCAGGCACAGCUGGACUGUCCUUCGAAGCUGGUAUCUUGUGCGGAUCCCAUCAGCAACACGUCGAUUAAGCCGGGGAAAGAAUGCUGCAGCGCCCUCGCCGACGCUGUCAAGAACGAUUUGAAGUGCCUCUGCGACGUCUAUAACAGUUCCAGCAUCUUCCAGAGCCUCAAUAUCAACGUUACUCGGGCUCUCGAGGUCCCCAGGCUGUGCGGCGUCUCUGGCGACCCCAGCCGUCGCAAGUCCGGUUCAGAUAAUAAGCAGGGGAAUGGAGCAUUGAGGUUGACAUGGUCAUUGAAGCCUUUGUGGGCGCUUGGUUUAUUCUGGAUGUCACUCAUCAUGAUUUGAGCUGAUACAGUGAUACCCUUUUCACCUACAUGAAAAGAAUCCAUUUACAGAGUAGCCUUCAUUCAUCUUUGGGCUGGUCCACUUUGGAGAGUGUAACUUGAGGUCUUUUCUCUUUGUUUUAUUUAUUAUUGUAGGGCAUCACCUUAUGCACUGUCAUUUAUGUUUCUACUAGUGGCUAUGGUUCAUGUUGGCAUUAGUCUUGCUUUUGAUGCUUCUUGGUUGCUUUCUGUUUGUUGUAAUAUUUAUCAUUUGGAAAUUUACUUUGUGAACCAAUAGUCAUGGCUUUGCAAAUAUAUUUUAGAAACUGAGUUCAUGAAUC